AUGUCUUCGUUGUGGAGAGCCAACAGCUUCUCAUGCGAGAAUCGGAACCACGGCGGAGUUGUACUGGUGGCUCAAGCCCUGUGCUACUUCUUCGGAGUUAAGCCUAACAAAGUACCGGCCCCUGAUGGUAGAGGAAAGGUGGAAGACUUCUGGGAGCCGGCCAAGAAGGAGCUGCUUGGUGAUCCAAGGUUGCUCGAUAGGCUCAUCAACUUCGACAAGGACAAUAUUUCUGAGGAGGCCAUGAAGAAGGUCAAACCGUUAUAUGAUGAUCCCAACUUCGAGCCUGAGGUGAUCAAGAAGGCCUCUAUUGCAGCGAUGGGAAUUUGCAAAUGGGCCCGAGCGAUGGUCGUGUAUGAUAAAGUAGCCAAGGAAGUGGGGCCGAAAAGGGCAGCGCUGGCGGAGGCGGAGGGGAAGGCGGCAGCGGCCAAGGCGAAGUUGGCUGAAAAAGAAGCGGAGUUGGCCGAGGUCAUCGCACUUGUGGACAAGUUGGUAUCAGACUUGAAUAAUGCGAAGGAAUACAUGGAGGAACUGCAGAAGCAGAGAGAUGAUUGUGCCGCCAAGCUCGUCAGAGCCGAAAAACUGAUCACUGGUCUCGGUGGAGAGAAGUCGAGGUGGACGGCGGCUUCUAAUCGCCUUGGAACGGACUACAAUAACCUGUCCGGAGACAUCCUCAUUGCCAGUGGCAUUAUAGCGUAUCUCGGCGUGUUCACGGCUUCAUAUCGAUCGGACGUGAUGGUGCAAUGGUUGGGAAAGCUGCAAGAGCUCAAGAUUCCUGCAAGUCCUCAGUUCAACUUACAGAACUGUAUCGGAGAUGCUGUGAAGAUCCGGCAGUGGGUGAUUGAUAAAUUGCCGAACGACGGUCUGUCGAUUGACAAUGCCAUCAUAAUGAGUAACUCGAGGAGAUGGCCACUGAUGAUCGACCCUCAGCAACAGGCGAACAAGUGGAUCAAAAAUAUGGAGAAAAACCUGCAGGUUUUGCGGCUGACGAAAAACUACGCUAGAGAGCUCGAGAAUGCGAUACAGUUCGGAAAUCCAGUGUUAAUUGAAAACAUUGCUGAGUCAUUGGACCCUAUGUUGGAUCCUCUACUCCAGAAGGCUACGUUUAAACAGGGCAACCUGGAGAUGAUUCGGCUCGGUGACAGUACAAUAGAAUGGUCGAAGGACUUCCGUCUAUAUUUCACCACGAAGCUGCCGAAUCCUCAUUACGCCCCCGAGAUAUGUGUCUCGGUUACUAUCCUCAAUUUCAUGGCGACAGUGGACGGCCUGCAGGACCAAAUGCUUGGUAUCGUGGUUGCCAAGGAAGAGCCGGAGAUCGAGGCCAAGCGUGUGAGUCUUGUCGUGGAGAGCGCUCAGUCUAAGGCGCAGUUGAAAGAGAUUGAAGACCGCAUUUUGGCGUUGCUUUCCAGCGCUACUGGCAACAUCUUGGACGACGAGGAGCUCAUUGAGACGCUUUCUAACUCGAAGAUUGCCAGUCAGAAGAUUGAGGAACAGGUUCAACAACAAGAGAGGACUGCAGCGCAGAUCCAAGAAACUAGACAAGCAUAUAGGCCCUUGGCACUAAGGUCUGCCUCGUUGUUCUUCGUGGUCUCUGACCUCUGCAUCGUCGACCCUAUGUAUCAAUACUCACUCGACUGGUUCAUCAUGAUAUUCAUAAUGUCCAUCGACCAGGCAGAGGCUGCCAACUCGCCAGCGGAUCGGAUGGCCAAUUUGGCGAGCUCUACUAUUCGGCUGUUAUAUGUCAUGGUUUGCCGCUCCCUGUUCGAAGCCCAUAGGCUGCUAUAUUCAAUGCAGCUCGCAUUCAAGAUGCAGGAGGUGGACAAGGAGCUCAACUUCAAGCAGAUGCGUCUCUUCCUCACUGGUGGUGGCGGCGGUGGCGCUCCUUCUGAGGAGAAGCCCCCCAAUACGGCCUGGCUUACCGAUAUUUCUUGGGGAAGAGUGCUAGAGUUGGCUAAGCUGGGAGAGACCUUUGAUGGCUUCCAGGAGGCCUUCAAGUCUCAAGUUGACGGCUGGAAGGCGAUAUUUGAUUCGGACAACCCCCGCGAUGUUGAAUGGCCCAACAGUUUCGACAAGAAAUGCACUCCCUUGGAAAAGGCACUGGUGCUGUUGGCAAUCCGAGCCGACGCGUUGGUGCCAGCUAUCCAAGAAAUCGUUGAGAAGAAGCUCGGCAAUUUCUUCCUGGAACCACCGCCGUUUGAUCUUGAGGCAUGUUACAAUGACUCGCGGCCUUCGAUCCCGCUCGUGUUCGUUUUGUCGAGCGGAAGUGACCCUAUGGCUGACAUCAUCAAGUUGGCAGAGGGAAAGGAUAUGCUGGCUAACAUCUCCGCGAUCAGUUUGGGCCAAGGACAGGGUCCUAAGGCAAUGGCAGCUCUCGAAGAAGGGACGAAGCUCGGCAAAUGGGUCCUGCUGCAGAACUGCCAUUUGGCAGUCAGCUGGAUGCCUGUGCUGGAGAAGGUCGUUGAAGACUUCCGCGAAGAUGAGAUUAACCUAGAAUUCCGUCUGUGGCUCACUGCCAUGCCGAGUCCCGCCUUUCCGAUAUCGGUUCUGCAGAACGGUAUCAAGAUGACACUGGAGCCUCCCAAAGGUCUGAAGAACAGUCUGGUGCGAGCUUACAUGGGUAUGGACGAGGAGUGGUUCGAGAGUUGCAGCAAGCCACAUGCCUUCAAGAAGCUCCUCUUUGGUCUUUGCUUCUUUCACGCUGUCAUUCUGGAGCGAAGGCAAUUUGGUCCACUGGGAUGGAAUAUUCCUUACCAAUUUUCCGAGCCUGAUCGCGACAUCUCCCGUCAGCAGCUCAAAAACUUCCUGGAUGAGUUUGAAGGAAUCCCAUGGAAGGCUCUGAGCUAUAUGGUUGCCGAGGCAAACUACGGCGGCAGAGUUACGGAUGCUCAGGACCGUAGAGCAAUCGUCCAUAUUUUGACGGAUUAUUAUACUGAAAGAAUUCUCAAAGACGAGUAUAAAUUCAGCAUAAGCGGCACUUACUUCGCUCCCAAGGAAGGAACGUUGUCCUCCUAUAUGGAGUACAUACGAGGGCUCCCGAUCAACCAGACCCCCGAGGUCUUCUGGUUACACAAUAACGCCAAUCUUACGGCGGCUAUCAAUGAAGGCAUGGAGAUUCUGAGAACGGCAGUGAUGCUGAUGCCGAAGACGGGUGGUGGUGACUCUGAGGAGGGCGAGAAGGAGAAAACUCCCGAGGAGAUUUAUGGAGAAAAGGCCGCCGAGAUAGUCGCGUCCCUUCCUAAAAACUUCGACGUAGACGCGGUUCAGAGGACGUAUCCAGUGCGCUAUGAUCAGUGUUUAAACACUGUCCUGGUGCAGGAGCUUUUGAAGUGCAAUAAGUUACUGGACCGGUUGAGAGAUACGCUGGUGAACUUGCAGAAAGCCGUCAAGGGUUUGGUCGUUUUCAGCCCAGACCUGGAAGAGGUGGCUGAAGGUCUCCUGAGUAACAAAGUCCCUUCGGUGUGGGCUAAGGUGUCCUACCCCAGCUUGAAGCCGCUAGGCAGCUACGUUGCAGACUUCCUCCAACGUCUGCAGUUCUUCGACGGCUGGGUCGAAUCUGACGCCCCAUCAGUUUUCUGGUUCUCGGGCUUCUUCUUCCAGCAAGCAUUCUUGACCGGAGUCUUGCAGAACUUUGCCCGAAAAGACAAGAUAGCUAUCGACCGCUGUAUCUGGAAUAUGGAGGUCCUCAAGGCAGACAAUACAUCGCCAGGAUUACCAGAAAAAGGCUGUAUUAUCCGAGGCUUAUUCAUGGAUGGCGCAAGAUGGGAUGACGAAAAGAUGGUUAUCGCCGACUCGUUCCCCAAGGUGUUAUUCUCCGAAGUCCCGUACAUUUGGCUCAAGCCGGUCGAAAUGGAUAGAGAUGAGACGAAAUACGGGAGGAUCUAUACCUGCCCAGUGUAUAAGACGAGCGAAAGAAGAGGUACACUUUCAACGUCUGGACAUUCAACGAACCAUGUGAUGAUGAUUUUCCUACCAAUCGCCGCGGAACAUGAUGAAACGUUCUGGGUCAAGCGUGGUGUAGCCAUGUUGACUCAAAUCGAUGAUUAG